GUAGCCUAGUUCAGACGUUUGAACCUACAAGUUCACUCUGAUUUAUAACUUCAGCCAAUUCACUGAGAGGAGAUUAGUUGGAACUUUGAACAACUGUCUGCAUGGCAGUCAAAUGUGCUAGAGGAAGGACGGAUUGUAAUCUUUGUUAAUGUAAUCUACACGUCUAGAAGAGGACUCGCUUCAAAGGUCCAGUCCUUUCCGCCAAACGAAAUGGAUGCUUCAAAAUGUCUGUUUGUUUUAUCACUGAACGUCUUGUUUUCGUCUGUGCUGUCUGUUCAGAUGUGUGAUGUCGUAAUCGAAAUUGAGUCGGCAAGAAAUCAGUGCAUUACACAGGCAGAGUCGGAAAAUGUCACUUCAGGCUGCAGAGGGACAUGGGAUAUUAUCACUUGUUGGCCAUCAGCCAGGGUUGGAGAGGUAGUGACUAUACCCUGCCCAGACUACUUCAAGUACUUCAGCAGCCAGCAUAAAGGGAAUCUCUCUAAGAUGUGCACCAGUGAUGGCUGGACAGAGAUGCAUCCCACCAGCUACGCCCUCAACUGUGGUUACAACCUCAACAGUACCUCCAGCGAUGAUGCGGGGAAUUUUUUGCGGUCGGUGAAGAUUGGCUACACCAUCGGCCACAGUGUCUCUCUGAUCUCCCUGACUGCAGCCAUCAUUAUUCUGUGUAUUUUUAGGAAGCUGCACUGCACGAGGAACUACAUCCACAUGCACCUUUUUGUGUCCUUCAUCCUGAAAGCCGUCACCGUCUUCAUCAAAGAUGUCGUGCUGUACGAUGUCGAGGAGGCCGACGACUGCUUUACGGAAUUGGUUGGGUGUAAAGUUGUGGUGGUGUUCUUUCAAUAUGGCGUCAUGGCUAGUUACUUCUGGCUCUUAGUGGAGGGCUUGUAUCUCCAUGCCCUAUUGGCUGUUUCCUUCUUCUCCGAGAGGAAAUAUUUCUGGUGUUACAUUCUGAUUGGCUGGGGAGGCCCAGCGGUUUUUAUCACAGCCUGGAGCAUCACAAAGGCCUACUUCAAUGAUGUUGCAUGCUGGGAUAUCAUUGAAAGUUCUGAUCACUUUUGGUGGAUCAUCAAGACCCCAGUUCUAGCCUCCAUACUGAUGAACUUCAUCCUCUUCAUCUGCAUCAUCCGAAUACUUCGCCAGAAGAUAAACUGUCCAGACAUAGGACGGAAUGAAUCCAACCAGUAUUCGAGGCUGGCAAAAUCCACCCUAUUACUAAUUCCGCUCUUUGGAAUCAACUACAUCAUAUUUGCCUUCAUCCCUGAUCACAUGAAUAGUGAGAUGCGGCUGGUGUUUGACCUCAUUCUCGGCUCGUUUCAGGGUUUUGGAGUUGCAGUCCUGUACUGUUUUCUAAAUGGAGAGGUGCAGGCAGAGAUUAAGAGGAAGUGGAGGAGGUGGCAUCUGGAGAGGUUCCUGGGGACCGAUAUGAAGUACCAGCAGCCCUCACUUGGCAGCAACUGCAACAACUUCAGCACCCAGAUCACCGUUCUGACCAAAAGCAGUCCCACCACACGCCGGCCGUCCACCUGCCAGGACGACCUGUCCACACUCUGACACUCCCUCUGUUCCUUCCGCAGGGUCUGCAGAGUGGAUGGAAAGUUCUGGGAAGUGAUAGCAUUAGCAUUUUAAGAGGGAUGAGUGAUGCUACUUGGUUGUAUUUUCUUUUGAAGCUCGACCGUGCUUCAUUACAUUGUUUCAUUGCGUAGCAGGUGUCCUUAUCACCCGUCUACCUUGCUUCUUGUAACCCAUUUUCAGGGCUGGACAUUUCCUGAGGCGAUUCAGCUUGAGUGUCUUGUUCAGUGAUGCAACUUCUGUGCCCCAUGUGGGAUUUGAACCUGCAACCUACUGGUUCCGAGAUUUCUUCACGACGGUUUCACCCCAAGACAUAUGAAUGUUUCACCUCAUUGCUGGACUGUGAUACAUCUGGAGUACAUUGGCAACGUGCCAACAUGGAUGUGGAUCCGUCAUAUUCUGUCAAUAACCGAUUUGCAUCAGUCUUAAUUUUUUGUUUUGUGAUGGAGUGCCAUGUGAGUGGUUUAUAUUGAUAAACAUGUGGCAGUUCAACAUAUGAUGUUCGCUUUACUUUCCCAUAAUGACCAUUAGACCACCAACGUU